GUGGGUGUAUAUAUAUAGUUUUUAAAAACAAAAAUAAACAAAAACAAACAAAAAAUCAAAAAUAAACAUCAGCACAGACGCUGUGUAAGUGUCUGCAGGCAGGACAGACCAACGAGUUUCCAAUCCAGCAGCAGAAUGGCAGCAGAAAAAAACGAGGCCGACAUUGACGAUGCUUUCGCCAACAGGGAGGAGCUCGAGGCUUUUUAUGUGCUGGCUGGAAGCGACUCAGAAAAGUGUUCCUACUCCCGGGGCUAUGUGAAGAGGCAGGCUGUGUUUGCCUGCAACACUUGCACACCCAAUACUGCAGAGCCUGCAGGGGUUUGUCUUGCCUGUGCCAAUAAAUGCCACGAUGGACAUGAUGUCUUUGAACUGUAUACCAAAAGAAAUUUUCGUUGCGAUUGUGGAAAUGGCAAGUUUGGGGAGUUCAAGUGCCAACUAAUGCCUGCCAAAGAUGAGCAAAACAUUAGAAAUAUCUACAAUCAUAACUUCAGUGGCUGCUACUGCACGUGUGAGCGGCCAUACCCAGACACAGAGACUCCGAACAACAACGAUGAUGAGAUGAUUCAGUGUGUUGUCUGUGAGGACUGGUUCCACAGCAGACAUCUUGGCUGCACCGUGGGGGAACCAGAAGAGGUGCUAGAGAUGGUGUGUGAGGCCUGCAUGAACAAGGCUUCCUUCUUGUGGACGUACGCCGCACACUUUGCAGUUCCACCCGUGAUCAGUGUCAGUCCCUCUGAGGAGGACGAAGAGGAGGAGGUAGAAGUCGAGGAAGGAGCAGAAAAGGAGGAAGAUUCUGGGCCCAGUCAAAGUACAGAUGAGGAGCCGUCCACCAGUGCUGAGCACACAAAGCUGGAGGAAGGGGCAAACCGGAGAUCCCCUUGCAAACGGACCCAUGAGGAAAUGACAGGCAGCAUGGCGAAGGCCACAUCCAAAACUGUGGCGUGCAGGCUGAACGAGCUGCAGGUCCAGGGGCUGGAGAGGCUGAGACAGGGAGCUGUGUUCUGGCCUUACAGUUGGCGCGCCAAGCUCUGCACCUGCAUAAGCUGCAAGAAAGCCUAUGUGGCUGCUGAGGUGCAGUUUCUCAUGGAUGAGUCUGACACCAUUCUGGCUUACGAGAACAAGGGCUUGGAUGAGCCAUUUGGACAGCACCCGCUAAUGGCACUGACAAACUCCUUGGACCGUAGACAGCAGCUGGAGGUCAUUUAUGGUGUCAACGAGCUGACAACUACGAUCAGUGCAUUUUUAGACCAGUGUGCUGCUGAAGAAAAGGAGGUCACAGUUGAAGCUGUUUAUCAGUUGUUCGAGGAGCUGAAGGCUAGAAAAAGACGCAGAACCAAUGCAGAAUACCAGUAGCAAGGAUGCCAUAUCAUGUGUCUGGUUCAUAUGGUGCUUUGAAUGUAUGUGUAACUUGGAAGAUGAUCCUUUUUUUCUUUGUUGAAUAAAGGUCUUCUCGCUGCAA